UGCCGAAAACAAGCCAAACGGCAAUCUCGGAAAGGCCGGCACGAUGACGACAACACCGAUCGUGUACGAGGUGACCAACUACUGCGACGCCGAGAGCGUCGCCAUGCUGCUCGCUUACAUGCGUGGCGGCCACCUCCAGGACAUGCUUGCGACGGGCUGCUUCAUGAAGGCCGAGUUUGAGCAGUGCAACCCGACGACGUUCCGAAGCCGGUACACGGCGCCGUCGCAAGCCGCCGUCGACACGUACCUCGCCGAGCACGCGGCCGCGAUGCGCGCCGACUUUCAAGCGCACGUUCCGCCCAGCGUGCGCUGCGAACGGGCGUUCUAUACACCGCUUCUAUGCUUGGAGUAGUCAAUGUACAUCAAAGAAGAACCAUCCCAUUCAAGUCUCGU